AACAGGUACCAGCUGCAGGAGAAGCUCGGAGUCGGGAGCUUUGGCGUCGUCUACAAGGCCAUCCACCUCCCGUCGUCUCGCCCCGUUGCCAUCAAGAUCAUCGACCUCGAGCACUCGGACGACGACAUUGCCGAGAUCCAGCUCGAGAUCUCGCACCUCGCCGACUGCGACUCGCAGUGGGUCACGCGCUACUACGGCAGCUUCCUCCGCGGGUGGAAGCUGUGGAUCGUCAUGGAGUACCUCGCCGGCGGCUCCUGUCUCGACCUGCUCAAGCCCGGUCCGUUCUCCGAGGCGCACAUCGCCAUCAUCUGCCGCGAGCUGCUCCUCGGCCUCGAGUACCUGCACAACGAGAACAAGAUCCACCGCGACAUCAAGGCCGCCAACGUGCUCAUGUCGGCGAGUGGGAGCGUCAAGCUCGCCGACUUUGGCGUCGCCGCACAGCUCACCGCCACGCUCGGCCGUCGCAACACGUUCGUCGGCACGCCCUACUGGAUGGCGCCCGAGGUGAUCCGCCAAGCCGGGUACGACAGCAAGGCCGACCUGUGGUCGCUCGGCAUCACGGCGAUCGAGCUCGCGCGCGGCGAGCCGCCCCUCGCAGAGUACCACCCGAUGCGCGUCCUGUUCCUCAUCCCAAAGGCGCGCCCACCGAGCCUCGAGGGCAAGUUCUCCGAGGCGUUCAAGGACUUUGUCGCGCUGUGCUUGAUCAAGGACCCGAACGAGCGCCCGACGGCCAAGGAGCUCCUCCAGCACCGCUUCGUCAAGUACGCUCGCCGCACGUCGCAGCUCGCCGAGCUCAUCGAGCGCCACGCCGAGUGGCGCGCGUCGCGC